UGUCCUCUCUUUGCCAUCCUCUGCCAAGGUGGCAUUAUGCAAGCAGACAGAGGGGUAGGGAGAGAGAGAGAGCGAGAGAGAGAGUCUGUGUGUGGAGGUGGGGUGAGGCACAUAAGGCGAUGGCGGCCAUCAUAAAGAUGGAGGCAGGCAGGGGGAGCUGCAGGGACCGGUGCAGGAGGAGACUUGCUCCCCUGAACUUUGCCUCCGUGUCAGAGUGGAACUUGUCGAUUUGGCAAAUUGUGCAGCGUCGGACAAGUCUGCGCUCUCCCUUACACUCCCACCUGCUCUCUCUCUCUCUCUCUCUCUCUCUCCCUCCCUCUCACUGCCACUACUCACCCCUCACCCCCUCCUCCUUCUCUUUUCCCUCCCUUUCAGCUCUUGAAGCUAACGCAUUGGCUGGGCUACAGGCGUCGCGUUGCCAAAUAGGUGGGCCUUACUCGUGUUGGCAAAGACUCAAGCAAUGGAAGGAUAAGGGAAAGAACGCGGAGAGGACGAGAGACGGCGAGGGAGAAACAGAAAGAGAAAGAGAGAGAGAGUUGGAGAGAAAAGGGGAAAAAAGAAGCAGCACUCGGCUCUGCCAGCGGUCGUAUGCGCUCGUCCAACAUUGAUUCGGCUCUCUUUUUUUUCCCUAUUCUGUGCUCUGCUCUCCCUGGCCCCCCCAUCUGUGUGUGUGGGGUGUGUAUGAGUGUGUGUGAGUCCUGUGCCGGGCCCAGGGAUCAGAACAGACACCACUAACAAUUACACUUUGCCAAGGACUUUUUUUUUUUUUUUUUUUUUUUUUAAUUUAGAUUUUUUGGAAAGCACAAAGGACUGUUUAUUUUAAGUGCAUCUCUCCCCACUCUGAAAGUUUUUUUCUUCUCCCUUAUGUUUAAUAAUUUUUUCUAUUUUUACCGUGUAGGCUUUUUGGCUACUUUCUGAUCUGUCCUUUUGGUCAUUUCUUUUUUUAAAUUGUUUAUUUUUGUCUGAUAAUCUGCUGGCAAAGUUUCUACUGCAGAUCUUUUUUUUAUUUCCUUAAAUCUUGUGUUUUUUUUUUAAAUUUUGGCUCACAUCGUUUUAUUGAGCAUUAUAUUCUCCUAGUUGUUGUUUUUUUUUCAACCCUGCAUUUUUUUUUUUCGUCUGCUAAUUCUCUACACCCUGCCAAACCAGUGCUUGCUUUACAUUGGGGAGCGCGGGAGGAAAAAAAAAACUGGUGCUGGAGAUUUUUUUUUUCACUUUAAGCGCUGUGCCAAAUUUAUGAUGAGAGUGCAAAAUGGAUGAAUUUCAUCCCUUCAUCGAGGCCCUCCUCCCCCAUGUCCGUGCCUUCUCAUACACCUGGUUCAACCUGCAGGCUCGUAAGCGCAAGUACUUCAAGAAGCACGAAAAGAGGAUGUCCAAGGACGAGGAACGCGCGGUGAAGGACGAGCUGCUGGGGGAGAAGCCAGAGAUCAAGCAGAAGUGGGCCUCGCGCCUGCUGGCCAAGCUCCGCAAGGACAUCCGGCCCGAGUGCCGCGAGGACUUUGUGCUCACCAUCACGGGGAAGAAGCCCCCCUGCUGCGUGCUGUCCAACCCCGACCAGAAGGGCAAGAUACGUCGCAUCGACUGCCUCCGCCAGGCCGAUAAGGUGUGGAGGCUGGACCUGGUGAUGGUCAUCCUGUUCAAGGGGAGUCCUCUGGAGAGCACAGACGGGGAGCGGCUGGUCAAGUCGCCCCAGUGCCUCGACCCCGGCCUGUGUGUCCAGCCGCAUCACAUUGGAGUGACGGUCAAGGAGCUGGACCUUUACCUGGCCUACUUCGUCCACACACCAGAACAAUCAGGACAAUCAGACAACUCAAACCAGCAGGGGGAAACAGACGUCAAGCCCCCGCCAAACGGCCACUUGAGUUUCCAGGACUGCUUUGUGACUUCGGGGGUGUGGAACGUGGCCGAGCUGGUCCGUGUGUCCCAGACUCCGGUGGCUACGGCUACCGGCCCCAACUUCUCCCUGGCCGACCUGGACAGCCCCGGAUACUACAACAUCAACCAGGUGACCCUGGGACGGCGCUCCAUCACCUCCACCCCGUCCACCAGGACUGAAAUGGAGCUUUAUGCCAGUCUCCCACGGAGCUCUAACAAGCGUAAGUCCAUUGACGACAGUGAGAUGGAGAGCCCGGUGGACGAUGUCUUCUACUCAGGCCGCUCCCCCGCGGCUGGCAGCAGCUCUCAGUCCAGCGGCUGGCCCAACGACGUGGAUGCAGUGCAGCACCAUUUGGCCAGUGUGCAGGAGAGGAAGAUUAAACAUGAGAACGAUGGAGUGCAGUUUCCUUACCAUGGACUCUCGUCGCCUGGUUCUCUUAAGAAGCCGGGGAAAUUCGAUUUCAGCGCCCUGUCCUCCCAGACGAGGUCCCCCCGCAUGGCGUUCACCCACCACCCACUGCCAAUGUUGGCGGGAGUGAGACCAGGAAGUCCCCGUGCUUCAGCCUCGGCCCUGCACUUCUCUUCUCCCUCCAUCAUUCAGCAGUCGAGCCCCUACUUCACCCACCCAACCAUUCGCUACCACCACCACCCUGGACAAGACCCGCUGAAGGAAUUUGUGCAGUUUGUCUGUGCUGAUGGCCCGGGGCAGGCCGCCGGACAGCCAAACGGGAGCGGCCAGAGCAAAAUGCCAGGCUCCUUCUUGCUGCCUCCACCUCCCCCAGUGGCCCGCCCAGUGCCCCUCCCAAUGCCCGACUCUAAACCCAACAGCACACCCCCUGACGGCGGACUCUCCUCGCCCGCAUCUCCGUCAUACUCCACGCCAGGCGCCACAGCUCCCAACAGGUUUGUCGGCAUCGGAUCACGGGACAACAACUUUCUGAACAUCCCGCAGCAGACACAGUCUUGGUUCCUCUGACAAGAUCUGUAUAAAAACCAACCAGUAGAAUUCUUUCUUCUUUACAAUUGGAAAAAGCAAACGUCCUCCAAACCCACCCAGCGCCCGACACCCCCGCCCCCCCCCCCCCCCCCACCUCCCAACAGUGACGUCUCACCUGAUCACAGAACACAACAAGACGGGAACCCACAGCAGCAUGACACUUUCAGAGGAACUCCGGACUCUGUCAGCCAGUCGGAGGAGGACUCGUUUUUAGAAAAGACGGACGGAAAGAUGAAAGACGAACGGACGGACGAGGGGAUGGAUGGAUGGAUGGAUGGAUGCCAGGACGGAGGACGGAGCAGGGGGACAAACGGAAAUAACAAGCAGGCAUCUCUCCUGAGGAAAAAAACAAAACAAAACACCGAACCAGCAGAACACAGCAGCGACGCAGGAGGACGAGAGAGCAGCCAUCUUCUCCAACCACGUGAGGACACGUCGUGUAACCACCGGCCAACCGACCGACCCACCGACCAACCAACCGACAGCCAAGAAAAUCAAGUGUCCAAUGAAUAGAAGAAAAAAACAAAAAUCCAAAUGACAACAUUUAACCCAACGACACAAAGCCACAGUCGAGUCAGAGACAAAAUUUGAUUUUUUUUUUUUUUCCACGACAGCUUCGGUCCACGCCCACGAUGUGGCGUCGCCACCUGACGCAGAAUCAAAUUGACCAACUUUUUUUUUUUUCUCUGUUUCUUUCUCUUAUCUUUUUCUCUCUCUGUCAAUGACCAUUGACUCUAUAGCGCCCCCUUUUUACCUUACUACUAACCAGAGAGAGACCAUGCCAAAACAUUUCUCGAUUUAAGAGUUGCACUACAAACCCAAUCAAUUAACACUAAUCUUUUAUCGAUGUGCACUAUUUACCCGGCGUGGGCGGUCAGCUGCCCUGCCAGUCAAAAGACGAAAAAGAAUCUAAGGUACAAGAAGCCUUUAGGUGCCCCCCCCCCGACCCUCCACCCCCCCUUCAUUCUCUUUGACCAAUCAUUGGCCUCCACCUAUUCUUACAUUUGUCCCAAACCACACACACACACACGUGCGCAGCUAUUCGUGCCAUGACCCCAUCUCAACAAACACACACGCAAAUCUUUGAUCAAACCAGUAGGUGGUGGUGUUGUGUUCUCAUAGUUUAAACCCAGAAAAGCCCAGAGAACUCUCUCUCUCUUCUGAUUAGGUCCAAACCUGGAGCACAGGCUGAAGAAGCAGCUCGUGAUCAUCACCAUCAUCUUCAUCAUCUUCAUCACCGACAGUUCGACUCCACUCUAAACAGCAGCUAUCGAUUGAUUCCCCACUUUUUACCCUCUUGUAAUGUAGAUGACUUUUUUUUUUUUGUUCUCUUGUGUGAGUUUUCUCUUAUUUUGACUUUAUUCCUUUUUGGAUUUGUACUAUUUUAUAACUGUUUUGUAUUUGAAUAACAGCACCUUAGAGAGAAACACAGCGAGGAGUGGGAGGUCGAGGCGGCGUAGACAGGGUGGUUAGCUUAGCCGGGUGGUUAGCUUAGCCGGAUCAAAUCGUAGCUGACAACAGCCAAAAGGAAAGGUUCUGACGAGGAGAGGGAGGAGGGGGGAGGGGGGAGGACGAGGGGGAGGAGGUUUGUGUCUGUGCAGUAAACGACAUAGAUCCAACAGGUCAAAGGUCACAGCCCCAGAAAAUCCACUAAGUCACUGUAGGUCAACGAGCGGCUUUGGUCACAUUUGACCCGACUUCUGCCGUCCUAUCAGGGGACAGGAUGUGAAGGUCAAAGGUCAAAUGAAGAAACAGGUUGUCGUUCAUCUGAUCUUUGGCCUGGACCACAGAACAGCCCCCGCCCCCCGUGUUUUCUUUAACCCUCGGCCCAGCUGAGCUAACAGCCGCGGCCGCGCCGUCUUCUUUGCUGUGCAGACACAAGACAGGAAGUGCUCAUGUUGUGGUCAUGUGACCCCUAACGAGAAGCCAGGGAAGCCAAGGCGUCGAGCCUUUACUUUCUAACCUGGUGAAUUUGUUCUCUGUAGCAGAUAAAGCCAUUAGCCACACGCCGCGCCGCGCCACGCCGCGCCGCAGGACCACAGCACGCAGAGUUUUGACAAUCACAGGACGAUUAUUUGAACCACAGACGUCGACCAAAAGCUGACACGCGGCCGCACCCACGGUUUGACUCCGGUGCAGCUGCUGACUGGUGGUGGUGGUGUUAGUAUUCGAGUGAAAAGA